AGAUUACAGUGCGGUUUGUCGUCGAAUUGUCAAAUGGAUGCAAGCCAACCCCAAAAUGGGGAAAAAAAUGGCAGCGGCCUAGGAAAUCCAUCCUCCACCCAGCCGAGGCUUGCCUCGCCGGACUCCGACGAUGGCCGCGGCGGCCGUCUGGGCUCCUCGCCUCCUGCUCCCUAUAGCGAUACCCUUCCUGCUCGGCGCGCUCGCCGCUGCCGUCCUCGUCCGCGGCGGGGGUGGCGACCUCCGUCGCGUGGUGGAGGUCGAGGGCGAGCCGCGGUCGGUGGUGUGGGCGGUGCAGCUGUCCGACCUCCACCUCAGCGCCUUCCAUCCGGACCGAGCGGCCGACUUCCGCCGCCACGUGGGCGGUGCCCUCGCCAUGGUUAACCCCUCCCUUGUGCUCAUCACCGGCGAUCUCACUGAUGCAAAAAGUAAAGAUUUGUUGUCAUCGAGACAAGAGAAGUCUGAAUGGUUGGAGUAUGAAGAGUUGAUUGAUGAAGUUAUUGGCUUAAGUGGGCUGAACAAGGAAAUAUUUUAUGAUUUAAGAGGUAAUCAUGAUUCAUAUGGUGUUCCUCAGGUUGGUGGGAUGUCUGAUUUCUACGAAAAGCACAGUAUUAAUGCAAGAUUAGGACGGACAGGUAAUCUCCAAAGCAUAACAUUACAGAAUAGUGGUUGGAAGCAUCUAUUUGUUGGAUUCGACAGUUCAGCAAGUAUUGGUUUACGACGCCCUGCAAAUAUAUUUGGGCAACCAACAGACCAGUUACUUGUUCAAUUAGAUGCAUCACUUUCACAGUGGGAUAAUGACUCUUCCACAUCUGCAGUAACAAAGGUUGUCUAUGGACAUUUUCCUAUGUCCUUUUCAGCAUUAACAACUUCAGGUGGAAGCCCCAGAGAUGUAUUUCUGAAGCAUUCAUUGUCAGCUUACUUAUGUGGGCAUCUUCAUACUAACUUUGGAAGAAACUUGAAACGUCAUCAUAGAUCUGACAGGCAUCAUCUUUCUGCAAUGCAGUAUUAUCAAGCUCAUAUCCAUGAAAGCACAUCAACAUCUGUAGGCAGUAACAAUUGUUCCAUGACAACCGAGUCUAUAGAAGAAUUCUGGGAGUGGGAAAUGGGUGAUUGGAGAAGUGCCCGGAGCAUGAGGAUCCUAGCAAUCGAUUCUGGUCUUGUCUCAUAUACUGACUUUGACUUCAGAUUUGGCUCUAUGGAUGUGAUCAUAGUACCCACCUUUCCAUUGGAUUCACGAUUUAUGCAAAGGCAUUCUACCCCUCACGAAUUGAAUUGCCAAGCAAAUAGCACCAGUCAUUUUGGGAUGGUAAGAGCACUAAUCUUCUCAAAAUACAAGAUUAUAUCUGUAUUAGCAAAAGUGUAUGAUUCAUUUUCUGGUAGACAUCUAGUAUUGGAGAAAGACAUGGAAAUGGCUAGUGGUGAGGGAGCAAGGGGUGCCAUGUAUACAGUUCCAUGGAACUGGAGAGCAUAUCUAGAUGAAUCGCCAGAUCGAUACUGGCUCCAGAUAGAAGCAAAGGAUAUGACUGGGAAGACAUAUUAUAGCCAACUGAGGCCAUUUUCUAUGAAUGGCUUGACUGCAAAAGUUAGAUGGACUUGGAAGGAGUUCCUUGUAAUGGGUUGUCAGUGGGGUCAGCUGUAUCACCCAAUUAUGUGGUCUACUCUUGCAUCUCUUUGUUUGCUGAUUCUUAUUCCUCGCACAUCGCUCAUGUUAUAUGAGAACCACAUGUUGAAAUACCUUAGUUCAAAGAUGACUGGUGGUAGUUCUGGGCGCCAUCUGCUUGCCAGUUUUGAAUAUUUUGCACCUGACCUGUCAAAGAUGUACUCUGUGUGGUCUGGGAUGCUGAUAUAUUUGCUAUAUCUGGUCUUCUUCCCAUGGUUUUCUGGCUUUGCUGUUACAGAAAAUCACAAUAAAAUGUAUCUUUAUUAUAAAGGUUGGAGCACUAGCAGUCUUGCCAAUGUGAGUACAGUGCCGUAUAUUGGUCUGGCUGAUGUGAUGGUUAUUGUUCUUCCUCAUCUUCUGUUCGUGGUUUUGCCAGCCUUUCUCACUAUAGCAGCUAUAGCAGCAAAUAGGGCAGCAUAUUUGGCCUGCAUCUCCCAUAACGCAAAGAAGGACGAUGAUCACUACAAGGGAAGACAAUACAUACCCCGUAUUUGGAUAUUCCGUUGCUUUAGAAGGUUCCUUAUACUUCUUUGUCUGCCGAUUGCAUGGAAACAUUGGAAGCAUUGUAGGGAAAUCGUCAGGGCAUAUGGGGCUAAUCCAUUCAUGGAUGCACCUAUUUACUGCUUCGGUGUUCCAGUACUUGUAUGCUUAGCUAUCUACAGAACUUCAGCUAUAUGAGCAUCUUUUUUGGGUAAGCUAUAAGCACCAAUAUAUUAUCAAAUGAGAGAUUUGUACUGUGGAUGAUCAAAUAUUAGGUUAGGCAUUCGUAGCAUUAACAUUUCUCGGUUAUAUAUAAGGUAGAAGUCCAAAGUUGUAAUAGAACAUAUCUGAACAUAUAGAAUCACAGUCGUCUAUGACAUUGCAGAUCAUUCACGUAAAUAUGGUGGAAUACUUCUCUCAGCUUUCAUUUCAUUCAAAAAUUCAUCCUGAAAACAGAGAUCAUUUCAGUCCAGAUCAUCUAAAUUCUUACCUUUCUCAUUUCCAUGUAUUUUGGAAGUCAAAAGGAAACAAACACAUAUCAUUA